UCCUUGAAGCCGAAGGAAGAAUGAACGGUGGGCAGGGGCUACUGCUGCUGGUGACAGCAGCCAGGAGAACAGAACCGUCCCCCCUGCACAACUAAACUGAUAAGGAGAAAAAACCUUUCGGGACACUUCAGUGGCUAUAUAGAGUUGCGUUCACUUGGGUUACGAUUUCGAACCUUAAGCUGGCACGGGUGCCUGUCGGUUUCGAGUUUUCCAGGCAACGUUACGUUAGCUUCGGCGAUUUUACAGCGGCACCGAGCCUCGACGACACAGCAGCGUCGCCUGUCAAGAUAGUAUUAACAACACUCCGAGAAGAUGGGCGACAGAAACCCGUCGACGUCUCCCGCUUUUCAGUCGGAGGGCUUCAGUCCACCUUACAGGAAGAGAAAAAGGACAGUGGAAGAUUUUAAUCAAUUUUGUACGUUUGUUUUGGCCUAUGCUGGUUACAUCCCAUAUCCUCAAGAGAACUCUUCUCUGCGAAGUACUUCCAGCCCUCCCAACAGCACGGGAAGCACAGUAGAUAGUGAUGGCUGGACCCCGGGGCCAUCGCCGUCUUGUCCCCAACACCCUUUCAUCGUCCCUCUGGAAAACAGGAAACAUCCACACUUGGGGGCCACACCGUCCAGUCACAUUAAGAAAGAUCACACGUUCACCAGCCUGCAUCCAGAGGAUCGCAGGAAAGCUGAGAAGCUGAAGAAGAAAAAGAGGAGAAAGGAGAGGGAGCUUCAGGCCGGCGAGGAACACGGGCAAUCUAACUCGCCCGAUCCGACCACGCAGUCUCCGUUUUCCUUCUGCAACUUUCCUAUAAAAGAGGAGCCGGAAGACGACGUCAGCAUUCCGCUCCAUCCUCAGCGCGUCACCAGCCCGUCCAAAUUCAAAGAGGAGCCCCAGGAAGAGCGCUGCCAAUGGGAUGGACGAGACUUGGAGGAAGGAGUGGUCAAGGUACAGAAAGUGGAGGGCGUUUCCGGAAGCAGAACGGUGUUCCGUCAGGGCAAGCAAGUGGUUUUUCGAGAUGAAGACGGGUCAGGAGAGGAUGAAGAUAUCAUGGUGGACUCAGACGACGACUCGUGGGACCUGGUGACGUGUUUCUGCAUGAAGCCGUUCGCCGGCCGCGCCAUGAUCGAGUGCAACAAAUGUCACACCUGGAUCCACCUGUCGUGCGCCAAAAUCCGCAAGAGCCACGUGCCCGAAACGUACGUGUGCCAGAGUUGCAGAGAAAACGACGCGAACGGCACCGCCGGAGCGGAUGCCCGCCGCUCCCAUCGCCCCCGCAUAGGUCCGCGUAAACACCUGCUCGAAUGACCUCCGAAAGCCACUUCUGACCCCCCUCUGAAGAUUUUCCAGAGGACCUAUAGCAAGCCCCUAUAGCUCUCUCGGGGAUAUCUCUGCUCUCCAGAUGUGUACUUGUGCUUCCCUACAGUCAGGCUCUCAGCGUAAGGCAAUCACUGAAUGAUACACUACUCACUAAAGGUUGGGGAUAUUUGCUUCGAGUUUUAAAUUUCUUCUUGAAGAAAUUCAAAUAUCCCAAACUGUUUGCAGAUGAUUAUAGAAUAGCAGCCUAGGACUGCAGUUGGGACUCGGAAGCUGCCAUGUCAAGCCCCUCCACAAACUGCCAACCUCUCUGAUGAACGCCGGGAUGUAUCAGAAUGACUUGUUUGCACUCUUUCUCACUUUAAAACAAACCUUUUGACCCUUUUGGCAAACAGGUAUGUUCAGAUAAAACUGGACUUGUUUUUCCUCCCUCCUGAACAGUCUCGUUAGUAUGAUAUAUACAGUAAGAGGCCGUUUCGAAGGAGAAAACAAGUAAAGCCUUGCCGUAAUUGCUUCAGAUGGUGCUAUAGUUUUAAGCUGAUAAUCCAAUAGAACAAAGAUUUAGACUGCAUCUGCUUCAUCUGUCCGUUUUUGUUAUUUAAGUCCAUUGUGGACAAAUAGAAGUCCGGAAUUGUCGUUUUACUCACCUAAGCGGUCUUCCAAUCUCUGCGGCUAUCAGCGGCAAGGGAGAUCGUUGGCUUCUUAUCCUCCAACUCUUCAUGUAUUAGUUCCUCCAGUCAAGGAUUGUUGUUGUUGUUGGUGUAUUUUACCUAAACUAGCAGUUUUAUUUGUAGGUUUUCUGAAAACGAAUAUAUUUAUGGAAGGGACUGAAGGCCCUUUCCGUUCAAAGCUUCAGCGGGAAAUCUGAUGAUUAGUUAACUGGAAUAGUGUUAGGAUUCUCUCUGGGGUUUUGGAGUUGUAGACGCAUGUGCAGAGUGAAUGAGGAGAAUGUAUGUGUCAUGAAAAAAAUCUUAGAUGGUCAUCUGCAAAUUAAAUAGUAUCACUUCUUAAGUUUUUGCAGCAGUAUUCAAUUCCACCCUUCAGCAGGUUUAUUGGAGAAUGCUUUUCGAGGGGAAGUUUUCCCUGGUCAUCCGGAUGAACAAUUUUAGCAUAUGUGCCAUGGACCUCUUUGUGUCAGUUAGAUAAAAGCCAUACUUCGGUGUAGGGUGGUGAACGUUUUUUUUUUUUUUUUAAA